CAGGCGCAUGUUGAAAGACUUCGGCGAGAUGGUUCUCGUUUACUCGAGGAAGAGCAAGAAAGGUUGAAGAAAAAAUUAGCGGAGGAUUUGCUGAAUUCUCAGGACGACGAAAAAGAAUCCUACCGCCGUCUGCGAGUCUCAUGGGAUCCUAAGAGUUACGACUACUCACAAGACGAUCUCAAUCGAAUAUUUUUCAAGUACGGUGAUUGUGACGUUGUGAUGUCGAAGAAAAGCGGGAAAGCGUUGGUUGAGUUUCAUUAUUCCCAAGCUGCGACGAGGGCGAUGCGGUCUGAGCGGGGUAGAAGUGACGCUCCUUUAAAAGUUACCUAUAUGGAUGGUUCUACAGAGCCAAAGACAAGGACACACCUUUCAGCA